UCUCUUUCCCUCACUCCAAAUCUCAAAUACCCUUUUCUCUUCACUUCCUCUGUUUUUUCUAUUGAAGCCUUUGUUUUAAAAUCAGUACUGAAGAAAAUUUUCUGAUCCAUUAUGACCUCUUUUGUUGCUACGCGUUUUGCUCUGAGCCUCUUUUUAUUAGUCUCUCUUGUUCAUUCAAGCUCUGCAGCAAGGAUACUAACAGAGCAAGAACCUUUGUUGUUUCAGUACCACAAUGGCCCUCUUCUUACCGGAAAAAUUUCUAUUAAUUUGAUUUGGUAUGGAAACUUUAAACCUUCUCAACGUGCAAUUCUGUCCGAUUUCAUUACUUCCCUAUCUUCUACUACCCAACCUAUUAAAGCUCAACCUUCUGUUACUACUUGGUGGAAAGCCACUGAGAAAUACUACCAUCUUAUCAAAUCUAAGACAAGUUCUGAUCUUGAACUCUCCUUGGGUACUCAGAUUGUAGAUGAGAGCUAUUCAGUAGGCAAAUCGCUUUCCAGUAAGCAAAUUGUUCAAUUGGCAUCAAAGGGUGGGCAAAAAGAUGCUAUCAAUGUGGUUUUGACAUCGGCUGAUGUACUUGUUGAUGGGUUUUGCUCUAGCCGAUGUGGAACUCAUGGUUCUUCUAUGGGUGCUCGAAAAAUCAAUGGCAAGAGCACCAAAUUUGCUUACAUUUGGGUUGGCAAUUCUGAGACUCAAUGCCCAGGUCAAUGUGCAUGGCCAUUCCACCAGCCGAUUUAUGGACCCCAAAGUCCAUCUCUUGUCGCUCCUAACAAUGAUGUGGGUCUUGAUGGUAUGGUGAUCAAUUUGGCUAGUCUUUUGGCUGGGACUGCUACGAAUCCCUUUGGAAAUGGCUAUUUCCAGGGUCCAAAGGAGGCUCCUUUGGAGGCUGCAUCGGCUUGUACUGGGAUAUAUGGCAAAGGAGCCUAUCCUGGCUAUGCUGGGGAUUUGUUGGUGGAUGCUACAACUGGUGCUAGCUACAAUGCACAUGGUGUUAAUGGCAGGAAAUACUUGGUUCCUGCUUUGUUUGACCCUUCGACUUCAGCUUGUUCGACUUUGGCUUGAGAGAGAGACGUGCUCACAUGUUAAUGUAUAAAAUAAGUAAUCAGUAGUAGAAUAUAAUAUUUUUGAGAUUCUUUUAAUUUUUAGUGAUUUAAUUCAUUCAUUUGUAGCACGGUUUAUUAAUAAAAACACACAAUUUUCUUCUAA